UUACGAUGAGUUGGCUCUGAAGGACCUUCCAGCGGUUGUAGACCACAUCCUGAAGGUGUCGGGUCAGGACCAGAUCUUCUACGUCGGCCACUCUCAGGGAACCACCAUAGCAUUCAUAGCGUUCUCCACGCUACCUGAACUGGCCAGUAAGAUCAAGUUGUUCUUGGGUUUGGCGCCCGUAGCGACCGUGGCGUUCACCGCGAGCCCCAUGACCAAACUGUCGGUCCUGCCCGACUUCCUCAUCUGGAAACUGUUCGGGAGGCGGGACUUCCUGCCUCAGAGCGAGAUGAUCCAGUGGUUUGCGGAACACGUGUGCGGCAAGCACCUGCUGAGCGAGCUGUGUGGAAACCUGUUCUUCAUCCUCUGCGGCUUCGACGAGAAAAACCUCAACAUGACUCGGACUCCGGUCUACACCACACACUGUCCUGCCGGGACCUCGGUCCAGAACAUGGUCCACUGGGCCCAGGCCGUUCACGGAGGGAAGCUGAUGGCCUUUGACUUUGGAGCUGCAGGAAACAUGAAACACUACAACCAGUCCACUCCCCCUCAGUACCACGUCCAGGACAUGAAGGUUCCCACCGCUCUGUUCUCAGGGGGACAGGAUACGCUGGCGGACCCCAAAGACGUGGCUGUCCUCCUCACUCAGGUGUCUAACCUGGUCUACCAUCAGCACAUCAAACACUGGGAACAUCUGGACUUCAUCUGGGGCCUGGAUGCUCCUGAGCAGAUGUUCCCCUCCAUCCUGAAGCUGCUGCAGGAACACCGCUAGAGGGCGUGGCGGCGUACACACCUGUCCUACAGUACUGUCCGCCUGUCGGGUGGAGCGGCGGCAGCCUGCUGCUCACCGCCUGAAACGUCCUCAGAUCUGAAGCUGGUUUUAUCUGUUUACACGUGAAAUAUCUGCUGGAACGCUUCUGAUGACCUGUUUUACUUAAAGCUUUUACCUAACAGGACUCUUAUUGUGAAAAUCCUCCCUCAGACUGUGAAGGAGCUCGGUGAACUUGUUCUGACGUGGCUCCUGUUGGCGAACUAACACUCUCUUUAAACAUGCAGCCAAUCACGUGGCUGGACUUUUAUCAAGCUCUGAAACACAAACUGAUUAUUUGUCGUAUUUCUGCUAAAUAUGAAGCUGUUUUUAAUCAAACUAAAUAAAUCUCGUAACUCCUGAACACUGACAGUGUGACGUGUUUGAUCGUCGACAGUCUGCAGUUUCUAUUGAUUCAGUUUUACAGCUGUUUAACUUUUAAUCUCUCUUCAGUUAACGUUUGAAAAUCCUCGAGCCAAAAUUAGCAUCCCAGCUAAUAUCUUAGUUAUAGAUGCACCUGUCUAACCGAGCUCCACCCUUUUGACCAAAUACGGUCACGUCUGGUUCCAUAAAAGAUGAAGACGCCAAAAUCUCAGUUUCCUUUGGAUUCUUUAUUGCAAACCAGUGUAUAAAUACUGUAUCUCACCGAAGUGAGUCCACCCCUCACAUCUUUGUAAAUAUCUCAUUAAAUCUUUUUUGUGA